UUGAAUUCAGCUGGGCCGCGAUUGGAUAUUGAAUGACAAGAAGUCGAAAUCGAGCACUUCUGUUCCAGUGUUUGUUUCUACUUUUUGUACAAUAAUUUAUUGAUUGAUCUCGAACUCAUUUUGCUAUUCAUGAAAAUGUCGCUCAAUGAACGGUAGUGUACAGGAAGAACUGGAAGCUUUAGAAGCAAUUUUGAUGGAUGAUAUUUCAAUAACAUAUAGUGAAAACGGAUGCCCUGAACUAGUCAAGUCAACCAUAUUCCCUUCCACUGCAAAUGAAGUUGAUAAACAGUAUGUUUGUGUUACUCUCGAGGCUAAACUUCCUGACGGUUAUCCAGACCAAGAACCUGUAGUCCAGUUACGAAAUCCCCGAGGCUUAGAUGAUUCUACUGUAAAUAAUUUAUAUAAGUCCAUCAAAGAAAAGUGUAUCGAGUUUCUUGGUCAACCUGUAAUUUUCGAAUUGAUAGAGCUGAUCAGAGAAAAUUUGACGGCGAGUAACUUGCCAACCUGCCAGUGUGCUGUGUGUCUAUACGGGUUUUCAGAGGGCGACAGCUUUACUAAGACUAAGUGCUUUCAUUACUUCCAUUCUUACUGCCUGGCAAAUCACUUGAUAGUUACCAAAAGGCAUUUUCAGGAGGAGCAGGACAAGUUACCGGCUUGGCAGAAGUCAACCAAAGGGUUCCAGGCUAGUUGUCCAGUUUGCCGGGAGCAAAUAACCUGUGAUGUGGAAGAUCUGACGUCGGCUCUUCCUCCCAAAGAAUUAGAAUGUGCUCAAAAUUUCGAGGUUACCAGCGAUCUUAGGCUGCUCCAGGAAAGCAUGAAACAGCUCUUUACUUACCAGAAAAGUCGGGGGGGAAUAAUUGACGUCGAAGCGGAAGAGAAUAAGUUACUGCUGAUUACCGAGUCCAACGGGGAUACGCCUCCUGCUGAUAAUAACGAGGAUCCGGGUCCCAGUCUGACUAAUAUAAACGAUACAGUAUUGAGGGAUGGUUUGUUAAGUAGAGGCCAAAGAUAUGAUUUUAAGUUAAACUCCAGUACCAGAUGACCAAGGCAUUCCAUAAAAUAUCCACCGUCGGUGAAUUUAAUCGGUGUCGUAUUUAAAUACUCUUUUAAAUGUAUUUUCUGUUUAUAAGUUGUUGUGUAGGUGCAGUGUUAUAAGUGUUUUAUUGAAUUUAUUUAUUAUUAAUA